AUGGAGUACGUGCUCGCCGAUGCAAAUCUGCAGCAGUCUGAUCUUGGAGGAGCUUGGUUUGUGAUGCCAGCUACAAAAGCGGCAGGCGAAGUGCAAGAUGUCCAAAGCAGCCAAUCCCGGGAGUCUCCCGUUGAUGGAACGUUUGAGAUGAAAGCUCAGCAUCCGAAUCUUCUCACCAAGAGGAUGUCCAAGGCACGAUACUUUGAUGAUUCAGUGCUGCAAGUGAUACACGAGAACGCCACCUUGGCCGUCAGCAAAUCGGCGACCAAGGACUUGCCACGCGAAAAGAUUGCCAUGAUCAUAGCUGCGGUUUACUCGCUGGCCAUCCAGCGCAAGAAAUGGGGAAAGCGCCCCGAUGAGACGUGGGGGAAAUUUUUGAUCAAGCUGGAUACCAUCUUGACAUGCCAUUCGAAGUCAAGUCAACCUGGCCUGUUGAUGCCAACAGAGGCUUGGUACGAGAUCAGCCGCUGGUGUGCUCGUCACUCACAGCAGGAGCUCCAGUCCAUUGUUGAGACCGCGAUCAAGUUGCACCGGGCACCCGGAGAGGGAGUUGUGUGGGAACUUGGAAGGAUGCUGGAUGCAACGUUGGACGUGGCUCACGUUGAUGGUGAUAUGUCGGUGUGA